AUGAAACUUCGUCUAAAGAAGAGUGAUGGGAAGCCGAAAUCUGUAAAGAGUAGUACAGGGAAGGCGACGCCGUUGCUUAUCCAUCUGUUGAUGAUCUGCAGUGUAGGUGUGUAUGCGAUCUUCGGUGCCGUAGUGAUGAGGCAGUUGGAGUCCCGUUCCGUCGCCGAAAUCACAGUCGAAGUCGAACGGCGUCAUAUCGAACAGAAAGACGAGGCUUCGCUUGCUCGAGCAUUGGAAGUGGGAUUGAAGCAUAAGCGACGGCGGAGACAUAAUGAAACCGAUCAUCUGGAGAUUCUUCUGAAAAAGCUGCAAGCUGUCGAGUGGUCAAACAGAGAUAAAAGAGCAGCAGCUGAAGUGAUGAGAAGUCGGAGAUGUGUGAUUACAGUAAUAAAGCAUCUUUCAUCCUACGACUGCAAAUUUGGAGACUUAGAUGAUCGUUUGGUCAAGGAUUUGGAUAAAUGCUAUCAUGUGGCCAUCGAACAUGACACCCAUACGAACGAUGUACUUUUUCGUAACAGCGCUGAAGAAGUGGAAACCGUUGCAGAAGAACAAGAACAAAUAGAACCAUGGUCAUUUAUGGAUUCAUUGUUAUUUGCCUUUACUGUGAUCACUACUAUAGGAUACGGCAAUGUCGCACCUCGAACAUUUGCCGGUCGAUUUUUUGUAAUCGUAUAUGGCCUUGUGGGAAUUCCUUUCACCUUGCUUGCCAUCGCAGAUCUUGGCAAAUUCCUCUCCGAGCUCAUGAAUGGAUGGUCAAAAACAGCGUCGAGAUUAAAAAAACGGCUACAAGACGCAUGGGCAACGAGAGUGAAACUUAAAGGUCGUUAUGACUCCGCUAGAAUUAAAAGUAAUGGUGUUGCAAUGUUAGAAAAGAGUCAAAGUCGUGAAGAAAUCGUCACCUUGGAAGAUGGCAAGGUUGACGGUGCAGACGGUGACUCUGCCGUCUCAGAGGAAGAAGAAGAGGACUCGCAAGCAUUAGCUCUAUUUAUAUUAUUUGUUGUUUAUAUUGCAUUUGGAGGCGUGAUGCUCGCCUCAUAUGAGCCGGAUAUGGAUUUCUUCAAAGCGGUCUACUUCAAUUUUGUAACCUUAACGUCCAUAGGAUUGGGUGAUAUAGUACCAAGGAGCGAGACCUAUAUGGCGUUAACAAUUGUUUACAUCGCUAUCGGUCUCGCUCUGACAACGAUUGCAAUCGAAAUCGCAGCCGACACUCUCAAGAAACUUCACUACUAUGGACGAAAAAUUGAGAACGUUGGGAAUGUGGCAAUAUGGUUCGGAGGUAAAAAGCUCACCGUUAAAGCUCUUGUGAAAAAUCUUGGUGAUCAAUUUAAUCUACCCACAACCGUUGUAAAGGAUCUCGAUUUGGAUCACUUUGUCGAUCAAGCUAUAAAAGUCGAGGAAGGCGAAAUAGAGACGCUACGGCCGCCAGCCUUCGAUCCCGAUCCGGAAAACAUUGGAGCGGCUUAUGUGGACGAGCCCACUGAAGAAGUGUGGCAAAGUGACCCGACACCAUCACCAUCUCCUGAGCCUCCUCCCUCUCCCCCACCACCUCCUCGAGAACCAACACCAGAACCAGAGCCGGAACCAGAGCCGGAGCCGGAGCCGGAGCCGGAGCCGGAGCCGGAGCCAGAGCCGGAGCCAGAGCCAGAACCUGUCCGAGAGCCUUCACCGAAAGAACCAACUCCAACUCCAACACCACCACCUCCCCCACGCACUCCUUCACCAGAGCCGGUGAAAGAUCCAACGCCUGAAAUCACUCCGAAACCCAGUCCGGCACCGAGUCCAGAACCACAACGAGAACCAACACCUCCUCCACGUGAACCCACACCGGAACCAGAGCCUGAGCCUGAACCAGAGCCAGAACUGGAGCCUGAACCGGUACCGGAGCCAGAGCCCAUACUGGUGUCUACUCCACCUCCAAUACCUCGACAACUCACACCUGCGGAGAUCGCCGCUCAAAAACGACGCGCUUAUAGCGAGGAGGCGUGGCGAAGGUAUCAAGAAUACCAAAAGCAAUGGAAGAAAUUUCGACAAACACAAAAAACGGGUCUACCAGUAUCAUCAUCAUCAUCGGGAGUUAGACGUAGUUCACAACAACCAUCGUCGAAAAAUUCUACACAACCAGGAACUCCCGAAAGCUCAUCAUGA